UUCGUGUGACACAACACAUUUGGUGCGAUAAAUUUAAAUCUCCUCUUAUCACUGUUUACCUAAAAAUUAAUAUUUUCGAAAUAACAAACAUAGAUUUUGAUGAAACAUUCAUCGAAAAUACGAAAAUAAUAAAUAUUCAUUAAAUAAAUAAUGUUGAUCAAGAAACUUGUUCUUUUGAGCCUUUCAGAUAAAUGUCGAGGAAUUAUUCCAAUAAUUAGAAGUUGUUCAAAUGUUGCACUCAAGGAAAGAUUAACAGAAAUUAUUAAUUUUAAAGACACUAACAUUAGCAACUGGAUUGUAGAGGGAAAAAUUAAAUCGCUAUGUUACACUUACAGUUUAUUUUCAAAAUCUGAGAAAAAUGAUUUUCUCAAUUUUUUGGCUACUUCGUAUGGUGUUGAUCAUACGUUAAUUUGCAAAACAGCUGAAAAAUUAUCUUCGACUGAUCCAAUUAAUCAAAAUCAUCUAAUUGCAAGGGAACGUUCAUUGAGAAAUUUAUUAACACCUCCAUAUCAUUGGCUGUUCAUUAGAAUGGGUAGAUUAGAAAAUGGUGUUAAAUUUCUUGUCGAUUUAAGAACAGACACUUUGCAAUUAAUUUCGGAGACAAGGGAUUCUGACCAAAUUACAAUUUUACAAGAAUUCGAUUCAAUACUACGAGAUUUAUUGCUACUUUGGUUUUCAGUUGGAUUUCUACAUUUACAAAGAAUAACCUGGCAAAGUCCUUGUGAUAUUUUACAAAAGAUUUCUGAGAAUGAAGCUAUACAUCCAGUGAGAAAUUGGCCAGAUUUGAAAAGAAGAGUCGGACCAUACAGAAGAUGUUUUGUUUUCACUCAUCCUUCAAUGCCAAGAGAACCGCUAGUUGUUUUACACACAGCCUUAUGUGACUUAAUUCCAGGUAGCGUGAAGGAAAUAGAAUUAUCAGAAAAACGCAUUUUAGGUAAAAAUGAAAUUUCUCAUUCUUUUUUUCAAGAAGACAAAAAUAAAAUAAAAGCUGCAAUAUUUUAUUCAAUAUUUUCUACGCAACGUGGACUACAGGGUAUAGAACUCGGUAACUACUUAAUUAAAGAAGUUGCCAAACAAGUAACCAAUGAGUUCCCGAUGAUCGAUCAGUUGUCUAGUUUAUCGCCAAUACCAAAUUUCCGAUUAUGGCUUCUCGAAAAAAUAAAGCAAGAUCCUGCUAAUAUAUUUACAACCAGUGAACAAGAAACACUAAAAAAUAUACUAAAAUCUAAUGACUUAUUUUUGGAUUUGAAAAAAAUUUUCAAUAAUUCAUUAUGGACGAAUAAACAAAAUUUAGAAGUAGCCUUAAAAUUACCACUGAUGCGAGCCUGCGCUUGGUAUUUAUACAAAGAAAAGAGGCGAAACUAUGCUUUAAAUAACGUCGCAAAUUUUCAUCUACGUAACGGCGCGGUAAUGUGGCGAUUAAAUUGGAUGGCAGAUCCCUCACCCCGAGGAACGGCAAAUAGUUUUGGAUUAAUGGUGAAUUAUAGGUAUGAAACUUAUUCAACUGAGAGUAUUUGCAUACAAAAAAUUGUAUUGACACUUAACAAUCACUGUAUUAAUCACAGGUAUUUUCUCGAGGAAACAGAAUCAAACAGUCGCAAUUAUAUAGAAAACAAAUUCAUAAAAGCAUCAAAUAGUGUUAUUAAUCUAGCUCAGGAUGCAGAGAAGCUACUUCUAUAAGAAAGAAAAUAAUACUUUUCGAGACGAAGAAAAAUUUAAUUUAAAAAAAAAAAAAAAUUAUUUUAGAAAAAAAGAAACGAAAAAAAAUUUUUUUAUUAAAAAUAAGGGGGGAGACAAAAAAGGAACUUUCGAAGACUCCGAUCUCACCUACGAUAUGGAAAAGUAGAUUGGCGUUCUUAGCAAGGACUUUUAUUGAUUACUUAUUGAAUUUUUUUCUUUUUAUUAAAGAUUAUUAAAUUUGUUCAUUUAUACAAUUGCUGAAUUGCUUCCAGCUUAGAGGCAGCACAACGGUCUGCAGGCAGAUCUGAAAGUGAUAAUCUCCUUAAUUCUUGUUCUUUUCUUUUAAAUAAAAAUUCUUUAAAAUUCUAUUUUAA